CCCGCAUGCGCACGAAGACGCUCAUUCGAGAGAGAGACACACAUAAAGAGAUGUCGCGGUACGGCCGUUACGGCGGAGAAACCAAAGUGUAUGUUGGUAACUUAGGAACUGGUGCUGGCAAAGGAGAGCUGGAGAGAGCUUUCAGCUACUAUGGGCCAUUGCGAACAGUGUGGAUUGCGCGAAACCCUCCAGGAUUUGCAUUUGUUGAGUUUGAAGAUCCUAGAGAUGCUGAAGAUGCAGUUCGUGGUCUAGAUGGAAAGGUGAUCUGUGGCUCGAGGGUUAGAGUGGAGUUGUCAACUGGUAUGCCUCGUAGAUCUCGCUAUGAUAGACCUCCAGCACGGAGACCAUUUGAUCCUAAUGAUAGGUGCUAUGAAUGUGGCGAAAAAGGUCAUUAUGCUUAUGAUUGCCAUCGCUAUAGUCGUAGAAGGAGGAGCAGGUCACGGUCUCGAUCUCAUUCAAGGUCCAGGGGAAGGAGAUAUUCUCGCUCACGCAGCCGAAGCCGUGGCAGGAGAUCCAGAUCGAUCUCAGCUCGCAGAUCUAGAUCACUUUCUCCUCGUAGAUCCAGAUCUGUCUCGCCACGCAGAUCUCGCUCGGGUUCUUUAAAGAGAUCAAGAUCUCGAUCCAGAUCAAGGUCCAGGUCCAGAUCCAUUUCACGACCCAGAAGCAGCCGUUCCAAAUCAAGAUCACCAUCUCUAAAGAGAAGUCUUGAUAUGAGCCAUUUAUAUCCAUUCUCCAUUAAGUCAGGUCGUUCACCAUCAGGAAGUCCUCGAAGGAGUGUGAGUCCUGAGAGAAUUGAUUAGAAUGAGAAAGAACAUGUUUGGAAGAGUUUUGUUUACGUUAUUCUAAGGGAUUUAUUUGAUGUUAUUGAAAAAUGUAAGCGUUUUAGUUGAUCAAAACCCUUUUUCUAGGACUAACGCAGCAAGAAUCUGGAUCUUAGUAAAAUCUGUAAAGGCUGCUACAGUAGAUUAGUGCACAAUUUCUUAUAUGUAAUAACAUCCUGUGAUCUGAAAAUGGGUCUUUUUAUGGGCACAUGAAAUAAAAUGUGUAUUUCUAA